AUGGAGUGGAUGAAGAGCCUCCUACUAGCCAUCGAGCUGGCGCCAGCUCUAACUUACGCUGCGCCAACAAUUCAUGGACGCGACACAAACAGCACAUGCAGAAGAACCAAAGUAGCAAUUAUAGGCGGCGGCGUUGCUGGCAUAACAGCAGCUCAAGCACUGUCCAACCAAUCAGUCUCCGACUUCCUCAUCUUUGAAUACCAGGAUCGCAUCGGAGGCCGCAUGCUGAACACCAAAUUUGGCUCAGACUCCAACGGCAAUCCAUACACGGUCGAACUCGGCGCAAACUGGAUUUCGGGAUUAGGCGAAAACACCAAAAACGGCCCAGAAAACCCAGUCUGGACUUUCUCAAAGCAUGUCAAUUUAACGAGUCCCGAUUCCGAUGCUUUUUCCAUUGCUACUUACAAUGAGACUGGAGCUGUCGAUUACACCAGUAUCCUUGAUGAGUUUGAAGAAACUUGGACUAGCUUUGAGCAGAGGGCAGGUACGAUACUUUCAGAAAACCUACAGGACAGGAGUGCCCGUGCGGGCUUUUGGCAGAGCGGAUGGCGACCAAAAGGCGAUCCCAUGCGGAAAGCAGUCGAGUAUUACCUAUGGGAUUGGGAGACAGCGCAGACACCCGAGGAAUCAGGCUUUGUAUACGGAAUCACAGGAUGGAACUUGACAUACUAUGGAUUCUCUGAGGAGAGCAAGUUCUGUGCUGACCCACGCGGCUUCAGCACGUGGCUCAAACACCAAGCAUCCAAAUUUCUCCAACCAAAUGACCCUCGUCUCCUUCUUAACGCUGUCGUAACAAAUAUCAGCUACUCAGAUACUGGUGUACACAUCACCACGUCGGAUGGCUCCUGCAUAGAGGCUGAUUUUGCUAUCUCUACCGUAUCUCUCGGCGUUCUGCAGAACGAAGUCAUUACCUUUGAGCCCGAGCUACCAGAAUGGAAGCAAUCUGCCAUUGCCACUUUCGCGUUUGGCACAUAUACAAAGAUCUUCUUCCAAUUUAACGAGACCUUUUGGCCAGAUGACAAGCAAUUCCUCCUCUAUGCAGAUCCCACGAACCGCGGUUACUGGGCCGUCUGGCAAAGUCUCUCAACCGAAGGCUAUUAUCCCGGCUCCAACAUUAUUUUCGCUACACUCGUGGACGAGCAAUCGUACCGCGUCGAAGCGCAAGAUGACGAAGCUACCAAAGCAGAAGGUAUGGCUGUCCUGCGCAAAAUGUUUCCCAAUGUUACUAUUCCGGAACCGAUAGCGUUCACAUAUCCGCGCUGGACUCAAACGCCGUGGUCGUACGGUUCUUAUUCGAACUGGCCCGUUGGCACAACGCUCGAGAUGCAUGAGAACCUGCGCGCGAGCGUGGGCAGAUUGUUUUUCGCGGGUGAGGCUAUGAGCACAGAGUACUGGGGCUUCCUCCAUGGAGCGUGGUAUGAAGGUCGCGAAGUGGGACAACGCAUUGCUGGGCAGCUGACUACUGAGUGCGUCAACGUUGCAAGCGGGUGCGGCGAUAUGAGUAAGUAUGAGGUGCUGCAUGGUACGACGGAGCUUUGGGAAGUCAAUGCGUUUAAUGGCAUGAGGACGAGUCCGUUCUUUGUUGCUGAGAGUGGAGAUAAGCAAGAUAUAUAA